CGAGCGCGCGCGCGGAAGAGAAUAUACUUUCACUGCUGGGAGCAGCAGCAGCAGCAGCAGGAGCAGCAGCAACGGCGCGGGGGACCCGAGCGCCGAGAGCUCCCCAUAGUUUAGUUUAUACUUCGGGCGAACCGCGUGCGAGCUGCCAACCAGUUACAUCUCGCUUACGAUACAAAGUACCUGUCUCUCUCUCUCUCUCUCUCUCUCGCGGGAGCGCGCGCGCACACGCACCGAGUAUCCCGCAACAUUGUGAGUGGUGGACCCGUUGGCAGUGUGUGAUCUGUUGUGCGCGACAAGCCUUCUCGUGUCAUGAGGUAACGACGGCGACGCCGAGCCGUCUCCAUCGCGAGAUACACGGCCGAGGAGCUUACACAGCCGGCAGAAUGCUGAACUCUCCAUCGGAUCAUUGCCGAUCGUAACAUGCGCGAGUUGACUUGGAGGCAGGUCGCUGCAGAGGAAGUGCGGAGAACCUCCAAGCCGCCGGAUAUUCAUAUUUGACACAAACGAAAGUGAAAAAGGAGAGGGAGAGUGAGAAAGAAAAUGGUGCUGAGCACGAUUGUCGUGGCUUCGGCUCUCAAGGGCGCGAUCGGCUUGGUCGGCACGGGACUCUGGCUUGUGCCGUUGCUCAUAGCCGGACUCUCUUACUAUCAUUACGACCAACUGGACCCGGAAAGCCGGCCGAUCGAUCGUUACCCAUUGGAUGCGGAGUACGACUUCGUAGUGGUCGGCGGCGGCUCAGCUGGCGCAGUGGUGGCGAGUCGAUUAAGCGAAAUUCCCCACUGGAAAGUGUUGCUGUUGGAAGCCGGCCCCGAUGAGAACGAAAUCACCGAUGUACCUUCGCUGGCAGCUUACCUUCAGCUGACUAAACUCGAUUGGAAGUACAAAACCGAGCCGAACGGUCGCUCUUGUUUGGCGAUGAAGGGCGGACGAUGCAAUUGGCCAAGAGGGAAGGUUCUUGGUGGCUCGAGCGUGCUGAAUUACAUGCUGUACGUAAGAGGUAACCGGCACGAUUACGAGCACUGGGAAGCGCUCGGGAAUCCAGGAUGGGGUUACGAUCAAGCGCUCUACUACUUCAAAAAGUCCGAGGACAAUCGCAAUCCGUACCUGAAAAAUAGUCCGUACCAUGCCACUGGUGGAUAUCUCACAGUGCAGGAAUCACCAUGGCGGACACCUCUAGUCGUGGCCUUCGUGCAAGCAGGCAAAGAGAUCGGAUACGAGAAUCGUGACAUCAAUGGCGAGUAUCAAACUGGUUUCAUGAUUGCCCAAGGAACCAUUAGGAGGGGCACCAGGUGUUCCACUGCCAAAGCUUUUCUGAGGCCAGUCAGACUGAGAAAAAACUUGCACACUGCACUAAAUGCUCACGUUACGAAAAUCAUGAUCAAUCCGGUGACGAUGAGAGCCAUGGGUGUCGAAUUCGUCAGAGGUGGUAGGAGACAAUACAUUAGGGCGCGAAAGGAGGUCAUCUUGUCAGCAGGUGCAAUCAACAGUGCACAGAUACUCAUGUUAUCCGGAAUUGGACCAAGAGAGCAUCUUGAAGAGAUGGGUAUUCCUGUUUUUAGAGAUCUCAAAGUUGGCGACAACAUGCAGGAUCAUGUAGGCAUGGGUGGACUGACGUUCCUCGUAGACAAACCUGUAGCAAUUGUUCAAGACCGUUUUCAAGCUGCACCGAUGACGAUGCAUUAUGUAGCUAAUGGUAGAGGACCUAUGACAACUCUCGGUGGAGUUGAAGGUUAUGCUUUUGUUAAUACAAAAUAUGCUAAUGCUUCUGGUACCUAUCCGGAUAUUCAGUUCCAUAUGGCUCCUGCAUCUAUUAAUUCUGAUGCUGGUGUUCAAAUUAAAAAGGUUUUAGGAAUAACUGACGAAGUGUAUGACAAAGUUUACCGACCGAUAGCUAAUCACGAUGCUUGGACCAUAAUGCCUCUGCUCUUGAGGCCACGAUCACGUGGUACCGUCAGACUUCGUAGUUCCAAUCCCUUUCAAGGACCGAAAAUAGAUGCCAAUUACUUUGACGAUCCACACGACAUCGCAACUCUCGUCGAAGGUGCCAAAAUAGCUAUGCAUAUCAGUGAAGCUAAUGUCUUCAAACAAUUUGGCUCACGGGUUCAUCAAAUCAAGUUGCCUGGAUGCGAGCACUUACAAUUCGCUAGCGACGAGUACUGGGAGUGUCAUAUACGACACAUAACAAUGACAAUUUAUCAUCCUGUUGGUACAGCAAAAAUGGGACCUGCUUGGGAUCCUGAAGCUGUCGUAGAUCCAACACUUAAAGUUUAUGGAGUUGAUGGAUUGAGAGUUAUUGACGCGUCGAUUAUGCCGACUAUUAGUAGUGGUAAUACCAAUGCUCCUGUCAUUAUGAUCGCUGAGAAAGGUUCAGAUUUGAUUAAGCUUGAUUGGAAUACUGGAGAAUUUAUAAGAUAAAAGAUGAAAAAUGUGUAAAUAUGAAUAUAAAUGUAAAUACUGACAACGAAAGAUGUAUCAUAUACAUCUAUAAUAAAUGUAAUAUUAUUGAUGUUAUCGUUAGAUAAUAGCAUAAGUCACGUUUUUAAGAAGAUAUUUAAGAAACGUUGUUAAAGCACGAUUAUAUUUUAGAUGUUUUGAAUAUAUUUGUAUAAAACUGUUUCCUCAGCAUAUUUCCUCAGGUAUAAUUAAGUUUCUUGUGCCAUAACGUUUAUUUGUUCUAAGUUUAAUAUGUUUAAU